UGCUCCCCCGUGCUCUAGGUUCUUCACAAAAUAAUCCGGGAAAAUCCAUCAAAUAUCUCCGCGUGAAUUCUUCGUUCGAUCCGCCAUAUGAAAAAUACCACGAACUGUGGUAUUGGUUGAUGAGAAUGAGACGCCGUGUUGUCUCGCGCAUCGAAAAGCUCAUUCUCGACGCACUGUCUCUCCCUGCCCUCUCUGGUUUUCCUGUGGUUAUAGAAUUCUACUUCUAUCAUGCGUCCGAACUGAGCAUUUCUGCUCUGCAUGGCAUCAUGUGCCGCAUCAGCGCUCUGCCAUGCCUAGACACGCUGCAUGAUACUUUUUAUUAUCCUCCCAUGAACCGCGAGCCGCAGUUUUCUUCUUGCUUCCAUCAUCUUCGCGACAUCAACAUCACAGGACAGAUGAUCGACGCGAUCCCAUCCUUCAUCGCCAAGAGCCCAGGGUUGUUCCGUCUACGUCUGGUUAGCACCGAAACAUCUGUAACAAACCUCCACUCCGUUCUGGACCUCUUAUCUGCCUUACCGCCGGCAUUUCGUUGUUCUGUGGAGCAGCUAACCUUAGAGGGAAAUUUUACAUUGCCGCAACCUGAUAUUGUCCCCGUCAUCCCACACUUUACGCCACCUCACCUCACUCCGACUGCUCAUUCAUGACAUUUCAGAUGCGUUCUGGACUGCUCUCAGCAUGGAAAGCAUAUACACGUCAAAGAGUUAUCUGUCGUUAUUGGCAGCGAUGCCCUGUUGGACUGCUUGUGCUCGUUCUCGGGGAUCACCAUAAUGAUGCCUAUCGUAGACAGGGGGAAUCGAA